UUCUACCAGCUUGCAGCCACCCAAAGGAAAGGAGAAAGAGAAAAGGAGCAGAGGGAAGCCGGGAGCAGAUAGAAGGGAAAAGGAAGAGCUCAGGGUUGGACAUUUUUGGAGCUAGGGGUGGGGAGAAGAAAGGGAGCGCGCCUCCUCGAUUUUCCCCUCCCUACUCCUCUUUGCUUUUCUCUCCCGCUCGUUGUAUAGCAUUUUCCAGAAGCAGCAGAAGGGGACAGAAAUCUCUAGUCUAGAAUGAUUUGUAGGGGUGACCGGGGCUCCUGCCAGCUGCUACCUAGCGGCUGGAGCUUGAGUGUGUGUUUGUGCAUGUAAGUGUGAAUGCUGGUCUCUCCGUGUCUUUCUCUCCCUGUCUCUUCUCUUCCUCUCUCCCUCAGACUCCCGUGUCAGCUACUCCUGUCAGUUUCCCUGUGUCAGUUUCUUCCCUUGCCCUUAUUGUGUGGCUGGCUGCGUGAAGGGGGUGCGUGCGUCUGAAGGGGCACAGGUUGGGUCAGAGAACCGGGAGAAGCAAGCGGGGACAGGCAGGGGUGCGGGUAGAGCAAAGAGUUUCGGGGUGCUGAGGAAGGCGAAAGGUGAGGAGAGAGGGCCGGCCACAGGGAAGUUUGGGACUGACUGAGAUGCGAAGGGAGAAACCAAGAUAGGAGCCAGCACUUGGGCUCGUGUGCCUCGUUACAUCCCGCCCCUUUCCCUGUGCUCAUCCGCCCACCAGCCGGCAGCCUGGAGGCCCCUGGCUGUCCCAGGCGGCUGCUGUUGGCGCGCCACGAGAGAACCGGUAAGGCGGCCACACUGUGCUCCUUGGCUUGCGGACGCCAGACGACGCAGAUCCGAACAAACCACUUGGCCCCGGGGUUUCUAAAUUGCUAUAAACCAUGGCCCAAUUGUACUACAAAAAGGUCAACUACUCACCAUACAGAGAUCGCAUCCCCCUGCAAAUCGUGAGGGCUGAAACGGAGCUGUCUGCCGAGGAGAAAGCUUUCCUCAAUGCUGUGGAGAAGGGGGACUACGCCACCGUGAAGCAGGCCCUACAAGAGGCCGAGAUCUACUACAAUGUCAACAUCAACUGCAUGGAUCCACUGGGCCGGAGCGCCCUGCUCAUUGCCAUUGAGAAUGAGAACUUGGAGAUCAUGGAACUACUGCUGAACCACAGCGUGUAUGUAGGCGAUGCAUUGCUCUACGCCAUCCGCAAGGAAGUGGUAGGCGCUGUGGAGCUUCUGCUCAGCUACAGGCGGCCCAGUGGAGAGAAGCAGGUCCCCACUCUGAUGAUGGACACCCAGUUCUCUGAGUUCACACCAGACAUCACUCCCAUCAUGCUGGCUGCCCACACCAACAACUACGAAAUCAUCAAAUUGCUUGUCCAAAAACGAGUCACCAUCCCACGGCCCCACCAGAUCCGCUGCAACUGUGUGGAGUGUGUGUCCAGUUCAGAGGUAGACAGCCUGCGCCACUCCCGCUCCCGGUUGAACAUCUAUAAAGCUCUGGCAAGCCCCUCACUCAUUGCCUUAUCAAGUGAGGAUCCCAUCCUAACUGCCUUCCGCCUGGGCUGGGAGCUCAAGGAGCUCAGCAAGGUGGAGAAUGAGUUCAAGGCUGAGUAUGAGGAGCUCUCUCAGCAGUGCAAGCUCUUUGCCAAAGACCUGCUGGACCAGGCUCGGAGCUCCCGGGAACUGGAGAUCAUUCUCAACCACCGAGAUGACCACAGUGAAGAGCUUGACCCUCAGAAGUAUCAUGACCUGGCCAAGCUGAAGGUGGCAAUCAAAUACCACCAGAAAGAGGUAAGCUGAACUCCUCUAUUUUCUGGGAAGCUUAAGACCUCCAGAGUCCAG